GCUUGGACGGCGCUCCUUGUCCAAGCUUCCCGGGAUUGCCCCCUGGAAGCCGUGGGUAGGGUGGCUGGCUCCAAGCCUUCCGGUCAGCCUCCUUAAACUUCGUGACACCUAAGAAAAGGUGGACAAGUCCUAUUUUCAAGAGAAGAUGACUUUUAACAGUUUUGAAGGAUCUAGAACUUGUGUACCUGCAGACACCAAUAAGGAUGAAGAAUUUAUAGAAGAGUUUAAUAGAUUAAAAACGUUUGCUAAUUUUCCAAGUAGUAGUCCUGUUUCAGCAUCAACAUUGGCACGAGCAGGGUUUCUUUAUACUGGUGAAGGAGAUACUGUGCAAUGCUUUAGUUGUCAUGCGGCAAUAGAUAGAUGGCAAUAUGGAGACUCAGCUGUUGGAAGACACAGGCAAAUAUCCCCAAAUUGCAGAUUUAUCAAUGGCUUUUACUUUGAAAACAGUGCCACACAGUCUACAAAUCCUGGUAUCCAAAAUGGCCAGUACAAAGCUGAAAAUUAUGUGGGAAACAGAAAUCAUUUUGCCCUUGACAGGCCAUCUGAGACUCAUGCAGAUUAUCUUUUGAGAACUGGACAGGUUGUAGAUAUUUCAGAUACCAUAUACCCGAGGAACCCUGCCAUGUGUAGUGAAGAAGCCAGGUUGAAGUCCUUUCAGAACUGGCCAGACUAUGCCCACUUAACCCCCAGAGAGUUAGCCAGUGCUGGACUCUACUACACAGGGGUUGAUGAUCAAGUGCAGUGCUUUUGUUGUGGUGGAAAACUGAAAAAUUGGGAACCCUGUGAUCGUGCCUGGUCAGAACACAGGAGACACUUUCCCAAUUGCUUCUUUGUUUUGGGCCGGAAUGUUAAUGUUCGAAGUGAAUCUGGUGUGAGUUCUGAUAUGAAUUUUCCAAAUUCGGCAAAUUCUCCAAGAAAUCCAGCCAUGGCAGAGUAUGAAGCACGGAUCAUUACUUUUGGAACAUGGAUAUACUCAGUUAACAAGGAGCAGCUUGCAAGAGCUGGAUUUUAUGCUUUAGGUGAAGGUGAUAAAGUGAAGUGCUUUCACUGUGGAGGAGGACUCACAGAUUGGAAGCCAAGUGAAGACCCUUGGGAACAGCAUGCUAAGUGGUACCCAGGGUGUAAAUAUCUAUUGGAUGAGAAGGGGCAAGAAUAUAUAAAUAAUAUUCAUUUAACCCAUUCACUUGGGGAAUCUUUGGUAAGAACUGCUGAAAAAACAGCUUCACUAACUAAAAGAAUUGAUGAUACCAUCUUCCAGAAUCCUAUGGUACAGGAAGCUAUACGAAUGGGAUUCAGUUUCAGGGACAUUAAGAAAACAAUGGAAGAAAAGAUCCAAACAUCUGGGAGCAGCUAUCUGUCCCUUGAGGUUCUGAUUGCAGAUCUAGUGAGUGCUCAGAAAGAUAAUACACAGGAUGAGUCAAAUCAGACUUCACUACAGAAAGACAUUAGUACUGAAGAGCAACUGAGGCGCCUACAAGAGGAGAAACUUUGCAAAAUCUGCAUGGAUAGAAAUAUUGCUGUAGUUUUUGUUCCUUGUGGACAUCUGGUCACUUGUAAACAAUGUGCUGAAGCAGUUGACAAAUGUCCCAUGUGCUAUACAAUCAUCACUUUCAAGCAAAAAAUUUUUAUGUCUUAAUUCAGAGCCACAGUAGGCAUGUUAUGUUCUUCUUACUUUAAUUGAAUGUGUGAUGUGAGCAAACUUUAAGUAAUCAGCAUUGCAUUCCGUUAGCAUCUGCUCCCAAGUGGAAACAAAUGUUAACAGCACUGUUACAAUCUAAACUUUGAAUUUCUGGAACUUUCAGGUUAUUAGCUAUAUCAUUUAUCCAAUACUUUACUCAAUUAACGCCUUAGACAAAGAAGCACUUAAUAGUACAACUUUUCACCUUGUGUAUAUAUAGUACACUGACUUCUAUGUGUAAGUGAAUUAAUCACUAGCAUUUUCCAUUCCUUUUGGAUAACCUUAACAAAUGGAGUGUUGAGUAUAAGCAGAGAGAUUGGAGUUAAUUUACCCAAUCACUUAUUCUGUUUAUUGUGACCAGGGAAUGAACUGUUCCACACUGGUGGGAGGGUAAACAUCGGUUUGUAGAUAUAUGUCUCUGUGUUUUAGGAUUCUGUCCAUUUUCUUUCAAAAUUAUAAAUGUACUUGUAUGAAUGAUUUUUAAGUGAUUUUGCCAUCUCCCAAAAGAUAUUUAAUGGUAAACUGCUUAUCUAACCAACAUAUACCAACAUGGAAAGACAACAAAGAUAUAGUAAAUGUAAAAUACAAAUGGCAAGACACUGUAUAGUUUAAGCCAAACAAGGUGUGAAUUUUAUAUCUAUAUAGGACAAAAAAAGAUUUGGAAAGAUAUGCAUCAUACUCCUAAAUAUGUUUUUUUUUCUUGAGGGGGGUGGGGGUAUGGGUCUUAGAGGGGCUUAUGGGAGCCCUUCUUUUUUUUCAUUUUGUUCUGUUUGAAGUUUAUAUGAGUAUGUAUUACUUUUGUAUAAUCAGAAUUUUUAGAAAUAUUUUACUGAUUUAAAGGCUUAGGCAUGUUCAUACGUCUGCAAAACUACUUAUCGCUCAGUUUUAGUUUUUCUGAUCCAAGAAGGCAGGCCAGUUAACUUUUCUGGUGCCAAUGUGAAAUUUAAAUGUUUUUGUUUUACCUGCUUUAUGGAUGGAAAAUCUUUCUGAGUGGUAGUUUUCUGACAGAUAGACCAUGUCUUCUUAUCUUAUUUCAAAAUAAAUAUUUCUGAUUUUGUAAAAUGAAAUAUAAAAUAUUGUCUCAGAUCUUCCAAUUAAUUAGUAAGGAUUCAUCCUUAAUCCUUGCUAGUUUAAGCCUGCCUAAGUCACUUUACUAAAAGAUCUUUGUUAACCCAGUAUUUUAAACAUCUGUCUGCUUAUGUAGGUAAAAGUAGAAGCAUGUUUGUAUGCUGCUUGUAGUUUUAGUGACAGCUUUCCAUGUUGAGAUUCUCAUGUCAUUUUGUGUCCUAAAAGUUUCAUGUGAGUUUUUUACUGUUAGAAAGAUUAAUAUGUAUAUAGUACAGAAUGGUAAGUCUCUGUUUUAUGUUUAUUUGUUUUUUGACUAGUAAUCGUAGUAAAUACAAAUAUUUUCUCAAGAUCCUUAAGCCCUCUUGGAAAUUGUAUCAUACUGACAAAGAAUAGUUGUUUAAGUAUUUUUAACAACUUGUCAUUAUGAAUAAAAUCCAGCUAAAUGCUUCAUAGAACACAGAAUUUACCUUAAACGAUUAAGGUGAUAGACCUCUUACAGAGACUGGUCUGUUUUACUACAGAGCACUGUUUGGGAGUGAAACUGUUACAAUUUGGGUUUUUGUUGUAUUUUCUAAGAGAGAGUAUUGUUAGGUUCUCCUAACUUCUGUUGACUACUAUGGUAAGUGAUGUCAUUUUAAUUGCAAAUUUAAAUAGAAAUUGACUGAAUUAAGUAAAUGACUGCCCUUUUUUUCCUCUUUGCUUAUUCAUAAAAAUCCUUAGUUCUUUGCAUUGUCCCCUACUUGGGUUCAGUUAUAUAGUCAUUAAGUUGAAUUUGAUCUGAAUUGACUAAGGUUUAAAUUUAAAUUUACAUUUAAAGCAUUCCACAAGGGGAUAAAAGUGUUAAUUUAGAAAAAUGUUUUCUAAGACACUUCAGGUACAAGUCACGUAGAUAGUUUGUUUAAUCUAGCUGUUAGCCAAGAAUUCAAGAGCUGAAUUGUUUUUAAAUAAGGCUUUUCUUGUUCUGGGAGCCUCAGUUCAUUAAAACUCUCCUUUUAAAACUUGUGUGCUGAGAGUUAAGCAAGACCUUUUUUUUUUUUCUUCAUGAGUUGCGAAAUUGAAUUCAUGAAGCUGAUGUGGCUAACAAGUUUAUUUUAAGAAUUGUUUAGAAAAUGCUGUUGCUUCGGGUUCGUAAAAUCACACACAGCACUCCAACUCUAAUCAAAUUGUUGGAGACUUACCAGAGUUGGUCCGAGCUCAUGCUGAAAAAAAAAAAAUUAAAAGUAUAAAAAACAAACACACAAAACAUUGGAUCCUUUCCAACAUAGCUGUGCAAAAAAUUGGUCACUUGGAAGGUCAAAAUAUAACCAGAUCCAAAUCACCCACCCUCAAGAGUUCUCAGUAUCUGUGUGUUGAUGUUCUUUUCUGUAUAAAGUUCACUCUAAGAUUUUGAAGUAACCAUCUAUUUUACUACAUAUUAGUCAUGUGAAAUUUGAAGUUGUUUUGUAAUAGUUAAUUUUGUUUGUAAUUUACUGUGCUAAUCAAAAUGUUUGCUAGUGUCUAGCAUUUAUUAAAUAAAUACAGUUUAUUUGAUUAAUGGCUUAGUAUUCCCUUUCCUGCUAGAUUUUUGCCUCUUCCUUUGGUUAGGGGUAGAGGUGAGGUUAGUGUAGUAAGUGAAUAUAGUGUGAUUUAUCUAUGUUGUUAUGACAUUUUUUUGUUUUGUUAUUUAAAAUGUGUAUUUUUUUUUCUGUUUUAAUUUUAGUAGGUAAAAUUUAUAUGUUGAGCUCUCUGAGUGGAAACUACCACCCCAGCAUUAUCUGCAUUUAUUGUUCCCAUUAGUUCUAAAUCUUGUUUUACAUGUGACUGCCUAGGUACUGAAUAAGAGGAGAGAUGAAAUAGAUUGUAGGUUGUUGCUAUUAGAAAAAUAAGAAAAUGGAAAAAUACUUGACAGCAUUUUAGUCACAUCGUCUCUUUUUAAAAAUUAGCCAUCAGUAAAGAAAUGAGCUGACCAUAUAAGCUUCACAAGAUGAGGUCAGAUCUCCAGAACCCACAUAAAAGCUGGGUACAUUAGCCCAAGCAUCUGUUAUCCCAGAAUGCCUACAUGAAACAGGAAGCAGAUAGGAGAAUGGCCAGAAGCUCAAGGUCAGCUAAUUUGGCUUAGGCAUUAGCAAAGAAACACUGUUAAACAAGGUAGGAAGGUUGUCCUUUGGGUUAUCUGCCCUCUAAGGUGCAUCAUGGCAGGUGUCCACCUAUACUCAGACACAUACACAAAAGAAAAACCAAAAAGGCAGCUAUCUAUAUAAUAAGAGUAUUACCUUAACCAUUUUCUCCAAGAUGAUGCAACUCAACUCAAGAACACACCUUAAAUGCUCUAAGUGUUAACUCUCAUCCUAAAAACUUUUAUAAUUUUUUUUCCAAGACAGGGUUUCUCUAUGUAGCCCUAGCUGUCUUGGAACGCACUCUUUAGACCAGGCUGGCCUCGAACUCACAGAUCCACCAGCCUCUGUCUCCCAAGUGCUAGAAUUAAAAGUGUGUGCCACUACAGCCCAGAUUCAUCCUAAAACUUGUAGGCCUUCCAUGGGUUUCCUUAAUGGAGGACUUAGACUAUAGCUUUAAAAAAACAGCCUGGAAAGAUAACUCAGCCAUUAAGAUUACUUGCUGCCUCUGCAAAGAACCAAGGUUCAGUUCCCAGAGCCACAGGGUAGCUUACAACUGCAUGUUAACUCCAGCUUUGAGCUAUCUGGUGCCCUCUUUUGGCCUCCAUGAUCCAUGGGUACCUAAAUGCAUGUACAUAUGUACAAACACACAUAAAAUAAAAGUAAUCUUUAAAGCUUAAAUGAAUCUCAUAUAUUAACUUUUUGUCACUGUUACUCGUUUCUCUGGGUGCUUAUAAUGAAACUAUAAAUUGCAAUAAAUACAUUAAUCCUUCAUAAAGAUUUAAAUUCUUUUUUUUCAAAAGCUAGAAAAAUUUUCUUAUUAAAUUCAGUUGAGUUUUCCUAAGAGAAACAAUCAACUUAUUCCCAUCCUAAUAUUUCAAUUUGGGUCUGAAACAUUUAACACAUAAUAGAUUCCUUCCUUACAUAAUAAAAUCACAGACUGUCAGCUAGAAAUUACCCUGGAGAAUAGCUUAUUCAUAGCACCACCGCCCUCACUUUAUCAUUGAGGUAGAUCCUUUACUGGGACACAGUUUGAAGCUGGAAAACCCUUUACCACACCAGCUGCCUGUCCUGAGAAGUGUCCGAUAUUUAGUUUUUAGCAAUUCCUUCCAUGAUACUCUUAAUUUUCACUGCACAGUAAAUGGUGCUUUAUAAUUGUUACAGUAGGAUAAUCCCUAAUACUUUAAAAUUAAGUAAUAAGCCAUUAAUGCUUGUGUGGUAGAGUUCUCAUUUGGAGGCUCAAGUUCAUAGUUGUUUGACAUUUACUAUGUGCUUCUGUAUCAUUAAUGUAACAUUUAAGAUUACUGUGUAAGUUUAUUUUAUCACUCUGUAAAUACUUAACAGCAAGCUUGCAUUUUAAAUUUGAUGUUAAUAAUGGCUUUAAUGUAGUUUCUGGUUUUGCAUGUUUUGUUAUACUUCACCUGACAGAAUGACCAAUUCUUAUGUCAUUGUGUUAGUUUUGUGAAUAAUUAUGGUCAGCAUUUUGAGACAGAAUACUAUGUUUGUGAAUAUAAUCUUAUGGCUUUUUUUUUCAUUUAGUGGAUACCUUUCAGUAUGGAAAUUUAUGAAAACUGCUUUCUGCUCUAUAAUCUGUCCUUUGUUAUAGAUUAAAGCUUAUUUUUCUGUGAAUAAGACUUAUCAAUAAAGCACUAUUCUUUAAAAUGA